AACCUCAAGGGGUCAGUAUUCAAUAUUGAUCUUAUCCUUAUCCUUAGACAUGCCUCAGUGAUUCCAUUCAGCCUUUUUGGUCAGCUUAUUAUACAGGCCAAUCAAAACACUUAGUUUCUAAUCUUAAAUUUAAGUUCAAUCUAAGUGGUUUAUUGAAUACGGCCCACUAGUUACUGUGCAACCUCUUGCAAGGCUUGUAAAGAUAAGAUUUUAGCGAGCAUUUACGUUGAUGCAGAUGUGAUGAAAACGGGUUUUAUUUAGAGCGUUGGAAAAAAACAAAAAAAAAGCUGUUUACCUUCAGCAGUGUAUACAAGCAAAUUAUAGAACUUCCAAAAUAGGUUAAUUUAUCUUAAUUAUUAAAGUACCGAGAGUAAUCUCCCUUAUAAAAAGGUAUUUUUAGACGGGUGCAGGACUAAGUGAACCACUUCCCAAUUGUACUAUUUGAGGACCAAGUGAACCACAUAUACAUUAUUGUAGUAGCUGUUGUGUAAUGGCACACGGCAUGAAAUACUUCGGGUUUUCCGAUUACAUCACCAUAUGUUUUAAAUAAAUUCUUAAGAUAUUCUGUUUAAAUAUGUGCUUUUUAAAUAUAUGUGAUUUUUAAAUAUGCAUAAGCCGAUUUUACAAAAGUUAUCAGAAGAAUAAUAAUCAUAAUAAUAUAUGUGUACAUAAUUUCAUACUUUGAGAGUAUGGCGGAUUCUAUAACACAAGACUAUCUAACCUACAAACUUCAAAAGUCAGGCUUAAACUUUGGAAAUAUUUCAAAAUGGCCGAAGAUGGAUUGUUCAACAUGCAAAUCGAAACUAGAAGGAGAUGUGUUCACGCGCUGUUAUACUUGUAAUGAAGCAAAAAUGUAUCCAGUCUCUGGGGAAAACACAAGUGAUGCUCCGAUUCACAUCCAGAGGGAACUAAAGCUGAUGAGAGAAUUGUGUGAUAAAUUUGAAACUACUGGUGUCGUCGAAAGGCAACUCGGAAAAAUUCCGGUCGACGUUCUACCCGAAAAACAUAAAGCUACGCUUCAGGUUUAUCUUUUGCAGGCAGCCGAUAAAUUAUUUGAAAAGGAAACACACUGGAAGGGUAUUGUGUCUUUGCUGGUUCUUAGUGGAUCGUUGGCAAAAUUAUGUGUUGACAAAGGCCACAGCGCUGAUGUCGAAAUCAUUUAUCGUAUUACAAGCUGGUACAUCAACGACAAACUUCGUCAAUGGAUCAUCCAUAUUGGCGGAUGGGAAAUGUUCGUUGCCUGGGCAGAGGACAAUGCAAUGUACCUCGAUAGAUCGACACCACAAGUUUCAAUUCCUGAACUCUCUACUGUGACAUUGAAGAAGGAGGCGGAUAUCCAGGUCAGAACGUCUCAGGACAUGAAAACCUGCAUCACGGGAUCAGCCCUGAUAUCACCUGGUAUCUUCCUCCUGACUGACCAUGGUAACCACUGUGUCAAACUCGUAGACGUCAGCAACCGAACCGUCACGUCCAGCCUGCAGCUGCCCAGAGGCGCGCCCUGGGACGUGUGUGUGCUACCUGAUGACCAGGCCGCCGUCACUCUCCCGUAUUUCUCCAUGAUUCAGUUGGUGUCGACAAAGCGAGGGCAGUUGUCAAGUGGAAAGAAAAUCAAAGUAUCAUCUCAGUGUCAUGGUAUUGCAUAUUACAACAAUAGAUUAUACGUUUCAUACGCAUUUAUCAUGUGUAUUGAAGUGAUGACAUUGGAUGGUCAUAUCAUCAGCACAUUUCAAAGAAAUGAUGGAAAACAAGUGUGCAAUGCACCAUUUUACCUGACUUUGUCAGCUUCAACACCACCAACCCUGUACGUGUCUGACUACACUGCCGACACCGUUCUCAAGCUGACCCUGGACGGGAAGGUCCUGCGGAAAUACCGAGAUGAGCAGCUCAAAUAUCCCAUGUCCGUAGUGGAGUUAGGACCCGGCCAGCUGCUCGUGUGUGGGCAGGGCAGCCACAACGUGAUGCUGCUGACGGAGUGGGAUGGCAAGAUGACGGAAAUACUUGGAAUGAAGGACGGUCUGUUCCUUCCCAGAUCCAUUGCGUUCUGUCCUCACACACGUGCCGUAGUUGUCGGGAUGUUCAAUUAUGUUUCACUGAAGGUCUUUUAUGCAAAUCGACAGCAUUUCUUUAUCAGGGGUAAAUUUGCUUUCUCUGACAUGAAUUACCAUGUAUUCAAUAAUGUUUGAGCAAGUGAAUAGUAAAUGCAAUCAUAUUUAUUGUUCAACAUACUCCUAUUUAUUCGUCGUAAAAGAGUUCUAUCAAACUGAUUGGACAUUUUCUAGUUAUAUAAAACAAAAAAGGAAAGAAUGAAAGACAGUUGUAUCUGUCUCAGAAGUUUUGAAAAGUCAUUGAUGCUUAAAUCGCACCAGUGACUCUCAUUGGUUAUUGGUAUACUGUCUUGUUCGGGCUUGGUCAUCGCCCAGUAACUCGAUAGUCAUGCCUGCUUACAGUCAAAUAUAGUAUAUCAUUAUUACUUGCGGAGACAAUUACUUACUUAACUAGUAUACAGUCAGUACAAUUAUGAACUGAGUGACAGUGCUUGUAGACAUAAAUCGUGUCAUUGUUAUUGUUCACAAACCUGAAAUUUGAGUUAAUGUUUGCACGCGUUCAUUGACUGCAGUACAGUCUGACUUUACCAGGGCGCCAGAAUACCAAAGAGUUUAAGUGUGAUAAGUGACAGUACAUAGAGGUAACUGCAAGUCCCAGUCACACCAAGAUAUUAUCAGAGUGGACGAAAACGUGUAAAAUAUAAGGAGAUACAAUGUAAAUCCCGAGCUUUUAAAGAAGAGACCUCUUGGAUCCGGAAUUUGCCCUAUGUCAAGCACCGAUUUUUUGGUUUAAACCAGUGCUGAGUACUCACAAAUUGAUUGAAAACUAUCAUAACUACCCUAUAAUGGCGACCGCAAAGCAAGGAAUCUACUGGAACCAAUUUCCUACCGUUCCAGCAUCAAAGUGAACGCUCAGCCAUAAGGUUAACGGAGUGUUGCCAUGUCGCCUGUUCAGAGCAUCAAUAUUUAUAGUUUUUUUGACACCUAUCGCCUUCAGCUCACACAAUAACUUCUCUGCAUUGCGAAAUAGACUUCAUCAAUCCACGGAUUCUCUAUGUAGGACUGUGCAUAUAAAGCAAUAUAUGGUACUUAUAUUUUGCCACUUUUGCAACAAUCAGUUCUCAAAAUGUGCAUGAACCAGAAUCAGGUGAAGAUGUUUAAAUCAAUAUUGUUUUACCAUGGAGGUUCUAAUACAGCUUUGACAGCUUCAGGAAAUAAGACCAACACUAAACCAACAAUGGAAGAGAAAAUGUUGCUACAUGGUAUGUAUGUUGAGCAAACACAGCAAUAAAAGGACAAUGUUCUUGA